AGAUGACCUGGAGAAGGGAAAGGCUACCCACUCCAGUAUUCUGCCCUAGAGAAUCCCAUGGACUGUAUAGUCCAUGGGGUCGCAAAGAGUCGGAUACGACUGAGCGACUUUCACUUCACUUCAACAGAUAAUAAAACACAGAAGGUUAUCUCUAGGGCUCUUCUGAGGCCUCAAGUCGGCUCUUCCCAAUCCCUCCCCUCACUGGGGGUUUAUCUGGGUGAAGAGCAGUGGAAAUCUUGUGUCAUGGAUAUGAAUAACAUAAAGUUUGGUGGAUACUGACAAAUUGCCCUCUAAAAAAAACUAUACCAAAAAAAUGCUCUACAAAUGUACACUUCAAGUAUCAAGUGUCUGAAAAUGCCUGCUUCCUCACACCUUCUCCAAAUACCAAGGUUGGGCCAACAUGGCGUCCAUAUUCCGAAGUGAGGAAAUGUGUUUGUCACAGCUGUUUCUCCAGGUGGAGGCUGCAUACUGCUGUGUAGCUGAGCUUGGAGAGCUUGGAUUGGUUCAGUUCAAAGAUUUAAAUGUGAAAGAGAGCCGCUUCCAGAGGAAAUUUGUGAAUGAAGUCAGAAGGUGUGAAUCAUUGGAGAGAAUCCUGCGUUUUCUGGAAGAUCAGAUGCAAGAUGAGAUUGAGAUUCAGGUGCCUGAGAAGUCCCCGCUGACCCCUCUCCCACGGGAAAUGAUCAUCCUGGAGACUACUCUAGAAAAACUGGAAGGAGAGCUUCAGGAAGCCAAUCAGAACUAUCAGGCUUUGAAGAAAAACUUCCUAGAACUGACGGAAUUCAAACAUCUCCUGAAGAAAACCCAGGACUUCUUUGAGACAGAAGCCAACUUAGCAGAUGAUUUCUUUGUAGAAGACACUUCCGGUCUCCUGGAGUUAAGACCUACGCCUGCGUACAUCAGUGGAAAGCUGGGGUUCACAGCUGGUGUGGUCAACCGGGAGAGGAUGGCUUCCUUUGAGAGGCUGCUGUGGCGAAUUUGCCGAGGAAACAUCUACGUAAAGUUCAGUGAGAUGGACACAGUUCUGGAAGAUCCCGUUACAAGAGAAGAAAUUAAAAAGAAUAUAUUCAUCAUAUUUUAUCAAGGAGAACAGCUCAGGGAGAAAAUCAAGAAGGUCUGUGAUGGGUAUCGAGCCACUGUAUACCCCUGCCCAGAGCUGGCGUUGGAGCGCAGAGAGAUGCUGCAGGGCGUCAACAUGAGGCUGGAAGAUUUACUCACUGUGUUGACACAGACAGAGUCUCACCGUCAGAGCCUCCUGCAAGAAGCAGCUGCCAACUGGCACUCCUGGGUCAUCAAAGUGCAGAAGAUGAAGGCCAUCUAUCACAUCCUGAACAUGUGCAACAUUGACAUCACCCAGCAGUGUGUCAUCGCGGAGAUCUGGUUCCCAGUGGCAGACACCGUGCGCAUCAGGAGGGCGCUGGAGCAAGGCAUGGAACUAAGUGGCUCCUCCAUGGUCCCCAUCUUGACAGCAGUGCAGUCUAAAACAGCUCCUCCCACGUUUAACAGGACAAAUAAAUUCACAGCUGGCUUCCAGAAUAUUGUAGAUGCAUAUGGCAUAGGCAAUUACCGGGAGAUGAACCCAGCUCCCUACACCAUCAUCACUUUCCCCUUCUUGUUCGCCGUGAUGUUUGGAGACUGUGGUCAUGGAACUGUGAUGUUCCUGGCAGCCCUUUGGAUGGUCCUUAAUGAGAAACACUUGCUCGCUCAAAAGUCGACCAAUGAGAUUUGGAACACCUUCUUCCAUGGGCGCUACCUCAUCCUCCUCAUGGGCAUCUUCUCCAUCUACACGGGCUUGAUCUAUAACGACUGCUUCGCCAAGUCUUUGAACAUCUUCGGCUCUUCCUGGAGUGUCCAACCUAUGUUCAGAAAUGGCACAUGGAGUAUGCAGGUAUUGAAAACGAAUCCACUGUUGCAGCUUGACCCAGCCAUUCCGGGAGUAUACUCUGGAAAUCCAUACCCGUUUGGAAUUGAUCCGAUUUGGAACUUGGCUUCAAACAAGCUAACGUUUUUGAACUCCUAUAAGAUGAAGAUGUCAGUUAUCCUGGGAAUUGUCCAGAUGGUUUUUGGUGUUAUUCUCAGCCUUUUCAAUUACAGGUUCUUCAGAAACACUCUGAACAUCAUUCUGCAGUUCAUCCCUGAGAUGAUUUUUAUCCUGAGUCUUUUUGGAUACCUGGUCUUCAUGAUCAUCUUCAAAUGGUGCUCCUUUGACGUCUCUGUGUCCCGGCGAGCCCCAAGCAUCCUUAUCCACUUCAUCAACAUGUUCCUAUUUAACUACAAGGACUCUUCGAAUGUACCUCUGUACCAACAUCAGCAAAAAGUCCAGAGUUUCUUUGUUAUCAUGGCUUUGAUCUCUGUGCCAUGGAUGCUUCUGAUUAAGCCAUUUAUCCUUAGAGCCAACCAUCGGAAAUCCCAGCUGCAGGCCUCCAGAAUCCCCGAAGACACCACCGGGAACACCGAGGGCGACAGCUCUGGUCACAGUGCUUCUGUAGGUGCCCGCGGGGCUCAGGAUGACCACGCUCAAGAGUUCAACUUUGGAGACAUCUUUGUGCAUCAGGCCAUCCACACGAUCGAGUAUUGCCUGGGCUGCAUUUCCAACACAGCCUCCUACCUCCGGCUUUGGGCCCUCAGUCUGGCACACGCACAACUGUCUGAAGUGCUCUGGACAAUGGUGAUGCACAUUGGCCUUCGCACUCGAGGCUGGGGAGGACUCGUUGGGGUCUUCAUCAUUUUUGCCGUGUUCGCUGUUCUGACGGUAGCCAUCCUUCUCAUCAUGGAGGGCCUCUCUGCUUUCCUGCAUGCCCUGAGGCUGCACUGGGUGGAGUUCCAAAACAAGUUCUACACCGGGGCUGGUUACAAGUUCUCUCCAUUCUCCUUCAAACAAAUCCUGGAUGGGACAGCUGAGGAGUAGCUGCACGUCUGGAGGCUGUGGCCACCUGUCUGGCCACCUCCUGUUCCAGUCUCUGUGCCAAUGAAAGAAGUUUCGUCUUGUCUUUAAAGUCAGCCUGCACAAGGCCAUCAAUGGAAUGAUUGUUCUCACUAACUGGAGGCAGGAAGCCCUGUAUUAUUUAUCUGUAAGCCCUGGGAUUUGAUAUGACUUCACCAUGUCAUAGAGAAACUACAUGGGCAAGUCAUUUCAACCUGGGGCCUAUUGUCAAAUACUAAAAUGAUUGCGAUGAGGGGAGUGGGAGUGCCAAACUCAUAUUUUCAUGUAAUUAAACUUUUGGGGCAUUCA